CUCGACCUCCGGGAGCCUACAUCGCUUCACGAGAAAUCGGGAACAGCCACAUGCCAUGGUCUUGGAGUUGGAUGGGGUAGACCACCUGCGCCGGGGCCCAAUGUCACCAUCCCGUCGGACCCGAAGCCCGUUGCUACGCUCGCUGCUAUGCAGCACCCUGCUCUUCAGCGCCCAACCGUCGAUGUGCGAUUCCAUUGAUCGGGAGAGGGAAGCUGCUGCAACACCGACGACGGUCCCGGACUUUGUUACCCGUUAUGCACCACUCGUCUGGCUGCACUCAGACGACCCAUUCAGGCCGUCAGACCUGCUCCAACAUGUGCGCCACACUUCGCCCAUGGUCAAUGGCACGCCCGUGGAUGGGCUGCCUGAGAUGGACCUGGACAACUUGGCCCUGCUCAAUGAUAGGGGGCUCGACGGAUUCCCGGUCGCGCUGACGGCUGAUCCCGAAGAUGUCACGGAGUUGCCGCCAUGGAUUCAAGGGGAAGCGCCUGACGAGUCGGGCACGCUUCGAAACGCGACUGCCUGUGUUGUGGUCGUCGUGGAGUCUGAAGGAGACCCAAACGACGUGGCCGCGUUCUACUUCUACUUCUACUCCUAUAACCGCGGCGCCAAUAUUACUCGGGUGCUGGAACCAAUAAGAGGCAUGAUAGAGAAAGAAACCGAAUCCGGCACCUACUUUGGUGACCACGUUGGAGACUGGGAGCAUAACAUGAUUCGGUUUCGGGAUGGGAAACCCACUGGCAUCUACUUCAGCCAGCACUCUGAUGGGGCUGCAUAUCAAUGGGACGAUGUUGCUCUGUCAAAAGAAGACGACCGGCCACUUGUCUACAGUGCAUGGGGCUCCCAUGCGAACUAUAUUUCAGAAGGAACUCAUGUCCACGAUGCGGUGAUACAGGACUAUUGUGAUGCAGGCCAGCGAUGGGACCCCGUCUCCUCGGCAUACUUCUAUCGCUUUGAUGCCGUCACUUCCGAGCUGGCCCAGGUCUUCCCACCUGGAGCACCACAAGGAUCGAACUUCACGUCAGCAAUCUACUUCUCCGGGCUCUGGGGCGACACCAUGUACCCGGACAGCGACCCUCGCCAAAAGAUCAUCCGCCGCUUCGGCCUGAGACGCUACGUCUCCGGCCCGACUGGCCCGAUGUCGAAGCAGCUCGUGAGAAAGGCCCUGUUUCCCGAUCACCGGGAGCCGAAGUCCUGGCUGCAGUGGGGCGUCGGCCUCGUCAUGGCUCUCUAUCCAUGCUGUCUGCGUGGUUGGAGAAUUUGGGUAUCAGGCGCAAUGCUUAUUGCUGUCUUGGUCUCGAUCGUGGUCGGCAUCAUAGUCGCUGUAAGGCGGUACAGGUCAAGGAAGAAGGGCUACGAAAAGGUCAAUACUGGCGCAGAUGUACCGCUGAAUGACCUGCGCUAUCGAGACGAAGCCACCGUGCAUGGUCGAACUUCUCAGGAGGACCACGAUAAGCUGUCAUAGGGCGUAAACCUCGUGCUUGGUAGAUUCAAGAUGGCUUUUGAUGAUUGAAGGCAUGAUGCUAGAUUGCUUGAUUUUCCGGGAGUAAGGAGCUUGGGAGAAAUGUGAGUCUGGCCCGGGUUAUAUAGUUAUAGAGUACUACUGAGGUGAUAGAAGGCGAUGCUGUCUAAGAUAGAUACGCGCAUCA